UAUCGCGCGCCAUGGUGGACGACGGCGACAGGAGCAGCUAGCAACGCGCCCACUACGCCACCAUGCAGCACCCAGAUCCCCUCAGGCACCACCAUUCCGCCGCCUCCUCCGUAGACAACGUCGACGACUUCCUCCGCCAUUCCAGCUCCUCCACCAUCGAUGGCUCCGGAUUCUAUUCCGACUAUCCCAUGGCCAUGUCCGGUCAAAGCUCUCCCUUCAUCAUGUCCCCCUGGCACCAGUCCUCUGCCUCCCCCUUCCCCUGCGAUCCAGCCUCCUCAUCCUCCUCUGCGACCUGCCUCAUAGCAUCGCUCGUCCGCGAGGAAGGGCACAUCUGUUCCCUGGCCGCCGUCGGGGACGUCCUCUACACCGGAUCCGACAGCAAGAACAUCCGUGUGUGGAAGAAGCAGAAGGACUUCGCCGGCUUCAAGUCCAGAAGUGGCCUCGUCAAGGCCAUCGUCGUUGCUGCCGAUCGCAUCUUCACUGGCCACCAGGACGGCAAGAUCCGUUUGUGGCGAGUCUCCCCCAAGAACCCCACCGUCCACAAGCGCAUAGGCAACCUCCCCCGCCUCAAGGACGUCCUCCGCGGCUCGCUCAAGCCCUCCAACUACGUCGAGGUCCGCCGCCACCGCAGCGCGCUCUGGAUCCGUCACUCCGACGCCAUCUCCUGCCUCAGCCUCAAUGAGGACCACGGCUUGCUCUAUUCCGGCUCCUGGGACAAGACCUUCAAGGUCUGGCGCAUUGCCGACUCCCGCUGCCUUGAGUCCGUCAUCGCACACGGCGACGCUGUCAACUCUGUCGUGGUCGCCGCCUUCGGUGGGCUCGUCUUCACCGGCUCCGCUGACGGCACCGUCAAAGUGUGGCGACGCGAGCUGCUGACCAAGGCAACCAAGCACACGCCGGUGCAGACUCUGCUGAAGCAGGAGUGCGCAGUUACCUCUCUCGCCGUCAGUCCUGCUGCGCCAAUCGUCUACUGUGGCUCCUCCGACGGACUCGUGAACUUCUGGGAAGGUGAGAUGCAGCUGGCGCACAGAGGGGUGCUCCGCGGCCACAACAUGGCCGUGCUCUGCCUCGUCGCGUCGGGGAGCCUACUUGUGAGCGGCUCCGCCGACAAGAACAUCUGCGUGUGGCGGCGAUACGGCGUGGUGCACAACUGCCUAUCAGUGCUGAGCGGGCACACGGGGCCGGUGAAGUGCCUCGCAAUGGUGUCGGAGGGGGAGGCGGAAGAACCAGGUGGUGGAGAUGGCGACGCCGGCGCUGAAGGCGACGUCGGCGCCGAAAGUUGGAUAGUGUAUAGCGGCAGUCUGGACAAGUCGGUGAAGGUGUGGCGGGUGUCGGAGGGUCCCAGUGAGCACGCCGACGGACAUGGAGGCGGCGGUGCACUAAGCUGGUGAAAGAACCAGUACCGACCCUUGGCGAGUCUUCAGCAAACAAAAAGCUCUCGUCUUCCCAAUCAAUCUCUGCGCCUGAACACUGAUUCGUCAGCGAGGAUGUCAACAUUGCGCGCGCGACGGGGAAGGCAAUCAACUGUGAUAUUGUCCCUGAAUUCAACCACCCCUUUGCUUCGUUUUCUCUUCUCCGGUUCUCCUUAAACUACCUUCAACUCUAUCUCUUUACACCUGAGAAGAGCCCCUUGCUCCAACUCCCUAAGCAACACAUAUGCUUAUGCUUCUGUAGGACUUUUCUCCAACAUCUCUGUUAAGAAUCUCUCAUUCUUUUAUAUGAUCUGAUGUGAUUUUUCAGAUUUUGUUCUAUGAUUCUU